AAAAGGGAUCUUUACCUAAACUUAAGUAAUGAUUUAGAAGCAGUACAGUGUCAAGUAUUAUGGCUGAUAUUAGCCCUGAAAGCACCACAGGGACGAUCCAAGGUGGACACACACUACCCGAGAUCCCACUCAAGUGGGAGGACUUUGACUGGUCUCUGGAAAAACUUCGUCACAGGCCUUAUGGGAAGAAAACCAGAGAAAGGGACUGGUUUCGUAUCAAUCCUCUUGAGAUGGUAUUGCUAGGAGCACAGUCAAUAGCAACCGACACACAUGCAAAAAGAGAUCAUGGGACGAUGGUGUUGGUGAUGCCUCCGUUGAGGAGAGAGCUGUGUGUCCGACCACGCUACUGGCAGAGACUCAUCACCGUCCUGUAUCAGGUCACCCAGGAGACAGACACACCCUCCACUGUGGCACAGAGAUGCUGUACAGUUCUUGUUGACCUGCUGAAGGCACUGGAAACUGCCCAAGAAUUUUCCCCUGCUGUGAAGGUGUGGGCUGUACAUGAGCUGAAGAUGGUGGAGGGGCUGGAGAGAUUACUAGAGGAAAGACAAAUCCUCCGUGUUCAUCUAAGCCUUGAUCUAGACAGAUUGUUUGGCUCCCUGAAAGCUACUCCUCAUCAGUCUGACAGCUGCUGGGGAGAACUGACUGCAACAGAAAAGACUGAGGAGAUCCCCACCAGUGAGAGAGUCAAACUGAGUGUCUUCCUUAGAGCUGUUCUAGACAGCUGUCCGGUAGUAACCUCCAGUCAGCCAUUGCAGAUGCAACUGAACGAGAUGCUGAAAAAAGACGUUGACGUGCCCUCAUCGAUCUUAGGCAUAAGUUGGGGGCCUUUUGAAGACCUCUUGGGCUAUACCACUAAGACCUCCCCUCAGGCACUGACUAGACUGCUCUCUAUUGUACAGUUGGUUUUUGUGAGAGGCAGUGAUAUUGAGGAGCACUCAACCAGUCCUCGUAGUGAUGAUGAGACCACACCUCCUGACAGGAAGCAGCUCCAACAGACUACACCCACACCUCCUGUGGAUGGUUACCAGGCCAACUCAAUACCUCCCACCGAUGACGACCUUAUUGUAGAAGAAGAUACUGAAACUGACGGAGAGUCUGUGGAGCAAGAAGAGGAGCCAUUGCUAGCUGCCCUGUUCAAGGCUUUACUGGCUUGUUUCAGAAAGUGGGAGGCCCUCUGUUCCCCAGACCCCACCUCUCUCUCGGCAGUCAUCUGUAAGCUGCUCUCCCUCACGGAGACCAUCCUGGCCGCCUACCCCCUCCAUAGCUCACCAGCUGCCCACUUCCUACACCAGCCCAUCUCUCUACUCAUGACCUACUCCACUGAGGGAUACUUGUCUAACUCGCCUAGCGAGUUUUUCCUCGAGUUGAUGGAGUUCGUGACUACCCUAGUGGAGCAUGGGACUCCCCCGUACCAAGCCCUCCAGACAAACCUGCCUAACCUGUUUGGCCCAGUGUUUGGUGUCCAUGACCACAGCGUCUCGUGUCAGCUGCUUGAGUAUGGAUCACUGGCAGUCUGCUCUCAACACAAGAGGUUACUGCUGUCCGAGGGUCUUAGUUUUCUAGUGAACACGUUCCACCUGUUCCCACCAGUUGACACGGUGAUAGCCCACGCCCAGGCAGCACAUCUGAGGAGAGAGGCAGUGGAAGUGUGUAACCAUCUUCUGGAGGAGCUUGUAACCGCACUACCUCUGGAGGACGAGGGGGCACUAGAACCUGGGAGUGGUCACAGUGGCAGGGAGAUGGCUACAGGUAGUGAAGAUGCAGAGGGAGGUGAAGACCAGCCACCAGUGGAUGGUGGAGCAAGUAAGGAGGCUAGUCCGAGUGAUCAACCAUUGGCUACUGAAGCAGAGAGAGACACUGACAAAACUGCUCGGAUUCAAGUCCUCCUGAGAUUGAUAAAGCUAGCCUGUAUGAUGGUGAGAAGAGGUGAUAACAUCUCAUUCCUCUACGCGAGUGUUCUGCCCAAACUGUUCGAACAGCCUCCAUCACACGAGGUCAUCGUCGACUUCAACAGCAAGAAACUGACCAAGUUCUUUGGGGAGGAGCCUCCGCCCCCGUCUAGUUACAUAACAUGGAGGGUGGAUAGGAAAAAGCUGGCCAUACAGCUGCUGGACCUCACCAUCCUCUCCCUACACAAUGACGUGACCACACCCUUCCAACUCUGCGGCAUUGUCGCCCCCAAACUAAUUAAGAAUGUGGAUCGUUUGAUGAGUCUGAGUGACGAGGAGAAACUCUCACUGACACUGAAUGUGCUCCAGACCACUCAAGAUAUUCUCGGGGAAGGACACGAUAUUAACGACUUCAUGUCGUACGGUAUUGAUCUCCUGGCCACCCUCCUGCCUGACACAGCUAGCGGAGAUGAGUUCAGACAAUUCUCCAGUCAGUUGGCGAGACACUUUGUGGCCUCCAGCCAGAGCUCCCUUCUGUUCCUCAUUAAGAAUGCGUGUCAGUUCAUGACCCAUCACUUCCCUGCUGAGGAGAGAGGAAUACGCGAUCUCUUCAGCUCACUGGUGUUCAAGGGAAGACGAGACGAGAUACGCGGCGUGUUUAGAGUGUGUAAGCUACAGCUGACAAAGGAGCGCUACUCCAGUGUCCGUCAGCACAUGUAUGGCUUUGCAAGUGGGCGGUUGUCUCACAAGCAGCUACUAGCUGUGUGUGAGCUGCUGGUGUUGGCCAUGGAUGUGGAGACCCCCCAUCGAGCUGUGCGGGAGGUCGUGACUAACAUCACAGAAGAGCCAGAGGACCUCGUACACGAGAAGGAGGAACAGAAAAUGGGUGUGGUCUCACAACUAACCGCCCCCUGUUUGAAAAGCAUUGAGGAAGCAUUAGAGGACGGAAGGUUCAAGAAGGAUGUGUGGGAGGGGAUCAGUCAGCAGCUGUCUCGAGUGGCCCUCUACACAACCUUAUUCCAGAGUGACUUCACAGCUGUCUCUUCUCUGAGCACAGACAAGCUCAUUGACAUCUUCACACAGAAGUUUCCCCGUGAGGUGCUGGCCAGUCAUGAGACAAUGCAGCUGCUAGUGUCAUGUGCCACCAGGAUAGAGCACAUGCAGAGCCCUCGCUAUGACUCCCUCAAGUUCCUCCUCUCCUCCCACCUCCGACACUUCCUCACCCUCACUCCCUCACAAGCCACACCCACAUCACAAGACGAGGCUAUCGAACCCAAACAUGAUGUUAUGUGGAGGAUGUGUGAACUGGAGCAAUACCUGGCCGCCUCUCCUCGUAACAUUGAGGACAAGAAACAGUUGCUGGAAUGUGGCUAUAGCAAUAGAUUAUGGGAAGAGGGCAUCUCCCUGAGUGUACGAACUGACGGCUCUCGUAGUCUGGAGGAGAACAUGAGACAGACACUGCUGGCAUGCUACACAGAGUUCAGUCAGAUACUCCUGCAGAUGGGCAUCACUCAUGUGUCAGUGGAUGGUGAGCUGGUCAAGUCCUCAGAGCUGUUCAAUGAUCAACUCUCUCUGGCUGAGCUGAAGGGUCGGAGGGCGGUUGCCGUGAGAGUGAUUGACCAGCGUCUGGGUCAGUCAAAGGAUGGACACUUCUAUGAGAGGAAGGUAACGCUACUCUCCAGGGAAGACCAGAUCGAGGGAGACUUUGAGAGUCAGUCACAAGUUCCUGUUAAGCCCAAGACCUUCACUGUGACUCUAAACACAAGCUUCUUCAACUGUGCACGAUGCUGUGGCCCACAGAUCAUUGGAUGCUAUGCUCCAAAUGGAGAGCACUGUGAACGACCACUCGAGAUUGGUAUGAGGUGUGACAGUGGCAUAGCCUCCAUCUGUGAUGAGAGUGGGCUGGAGAUUGAGAAUGCAGAGAUUCUCUUCACACAUGAAGGUGCCUAUUUCUUCAAGGCGUACAGCAACGGUCAUCCCUACGACACGUCUCAGGUGUGGACCUCACUCUUCAUGGCUCUGCUCAGAGAGGAGUCCUCUGCUUCUUGUCUGGUGCCAGCCAUUAUCAUACCCUGUGGCUACCCCAACACAAGGACAUGGGAGGCUCUCAGGAGGGUGGUUUCCACUGAGAUCACUGGGAGUGUGCUCACAUGUCGCCAUGACUUCAGCCCAGAGUGGAGAACCUACUACGAUCACAAGCCAGAGAUAGUGAGACUGGGGACUGAUAUAUUUCUCACCCCUGGCUUCAGCCUCACCUCGACAGAAGGGAGACCUUCUCUACAGAGGCAGAGGUCACGACUCACAAAGGAUCUGCCUGGGGCAAUGUUUGAGGAUGUCAUGCAACAGCUGCUCGAGGACGAAUGGCUGGAGCAGUUCAGGUUUCUGGGCAAAGUGAUGUCUGAGUACAUCAGUGUGUGCAUACGAGAGGGGGAUAGAAGAGUGAGUAUCCUGGAUAGAGGCUUCAACUAUGACAGGUGGGCCAGGACAGGCAGCAAGUCAAAGCAGUCCUCAGCAACAGUUCCAAGCAAGGAGGAGAUUGUACGGCAGCUGGCCUCGUUCAUUGAUAGGGAAAUGGCCACCUGGUUGGAGGGCAAAGACCUGAGGGAGCUGUGCGGGACUAAUCACAAACAACUACUCGAGCUAAAGCACUUCCUUGAGAAAGACGGCCACUUCACCAUGGUAACCACCAUAAAGGAGAAGCUGCUCCUUGUGCGUCGGUUGCUGGGCCAGUGCACUGUUGUCAUGCCGAUUGCUGCACUACCUGACGCUCUGCAGGAGGAAAUCAUUCACUGGGUGUUUGGGAACGAGGACAGGGUAUGGCGUUACCGUGGCGGCAGAGAUGGACACGAAACGCUCCAGCAGUUUAUGUAUUUUCUUGGAAAGCCUCGAAUGUCAGAGGUCACCGGACAAGGCUCCGAUAAGGAGUCAGAGGGCAUUCCAAGUCAGCCUCGUAAGGUGUACCCAGGAGUGGUGGCAUUUUGCUUGCCAGAACUACUGGAAAAAGAGCCAGGUCAGCAACAUUCAUCACCUGACAUCAGCAAUCUGCAGGUGAGACAAAUGGUUGGGUAUGCAGUGGGUGAGAUGAUGACAUCAUCACUGAGCCUCCGAGAUGAUCAGGUGAUGGAGGGUACUCGAUGGCAACCCAACACUCCAGACCGUUGCUAUGAGGUCGUCACAGCCUGGGUCCAUCCUAACUACCGUGGUCUCAAUAUGGGUGUUCAGAUGUACUUCAACAUUGUGGAACAAGCCCCUGCCCGGCUUGUGAUGUGUGACAUGCUGGUGGGCAGUGUAGAGAGGAUUGUCCAGAGCAACGUGCUCCUCCGACUACUCCAGAGAGUCAGGAUCGUGGGGAUGGUCGUGCAGAAGAGGCAGCUCUCCUACACAGUCGUCACACAGACGGGUCAUUCCGAGCAAUUUGAGCAAGUUCUAUUUGACGCCCGCCCCCUGAGGCUGAUGCUGAAACUACACAGAGCAGUAAAGUGGUGCAGAGCUCAUCCUAAACUAACCAUAGCAACCGUCACCACAGUGUUUUCAAUCCCAGUGGUAUAUAUAGCACUAACAGUUUUCAAACAGAACUAAAUUUAAUUACGUGUGAAUUAUGUGAUGAACUGAUCAUAUUGUCGUUAAUUUUUAUAAUUAUGCUGUAUAGUACGUACAUUCAAUGAUACCACCAACAAAAUAAUAAUUAUUUAUGAAAAAAAUAUUAUUGAA